AUGGCUGUGGUACCGCCCCGUGAUGAUCACCGAAUCAUAAUCCACUUUGACUAUGACUGUUUCUAUGCUUCGGUUUUUGAAGUUGAGCAACCGGUGUUGAAGACGCUUCCUUUGGCCGUCCAACAGAAGCAGAUCGUAGUGACCUGCAACUAUGAGGCUCGCAGAAGGGGAUUACGCAAGCUGCAAUUGAUCAAGGAAGCCAGGCAGAUUUGUCCAGAGCUGGUCAUCGUCCUCGGUGAAGAUCUAACUAAAUUUCGCGAUGCGUCGAAGAGUCUCUACCUCUUCCUCCGUGCCUUCUGUUGGAGCGGCAAAGUGGAAAAAUUGGGAUUUGAUGAGUUGUUUCUGGAUGUCACAGACAUGAUUACAUACAAUGUGGAUCUUUUGAAUCGAAACGAUCUAGAACACUCGUUCUUUCAUCUCAACCGUCAGGAUCCCACCCUCGGUUUCGCAUUUGAUGCCACUGGGUUCCAUGGCCCGACUUACCCUGCGGCUCCUAACGUAGCACCGGAUUCUGCCUGGCCAUCUGUUUCAGCGGGAAAGGAUCCUCCUUCGCUCCAGAUUAAACUACUAGUUGCUUCCCAUCUGGCAGCCUACCUACGUGGGCAACUGGAAGAACAAAAGGGCUACACUGCCACAGUAGGCAUUUCCACCUCUAAAAUCCUCGCCAAAUUAGUGGGUAAUACUUAUAAGCCCAACAACCAAACCACCCUUCUUCCGCCUUAUGCUGCGGCGGAGCAAGGCGCUCAGAGCAAUGUGCUCAACUUCCUUGACGCUCAUGACCUAAGAAAAAUUCCUGGGAUUGGUUCUAAACUUUCUCAAAAAUUAUCUUCCUACCUCAAAAGCCCGGCCCAGUCGGGUUUAAACCAGGGCGUUUCUGAUACGGCGAAGGAUGAUACAAUCACGGUCCGAGACGUUCGUUUGUUUCCGAGGAUGGGCCCGAUGCUUCUAGAUAAAAUCCUAGGCGGUCCAGGGUCCCCCAGAGGUAUUGGUACGAAGGUAUGGGGCCUAUUGCAUGGUGUAGACAAUUCAGAGGUUCUCCAGGCUCGGGACCUACCGACCCAGAUUAGCAUUGAAGACUCGUAUGGGUGCCUGAGCACCUUCGAAGAAGUUAGAAGAGAGCUGGUCUCCCUGACGGCUAGUCUAAUACGUCGAAUGCGAGCGGACCUCACGGAGGAAGAACCUGCUGCGGCGGACUCGCGAUCGAAAGGUUCGCUUUCUCGAACAACACCCAAUAUGCGAUGGAUUGCUCGUCCAAAGACUCUCCGUCUAUCAACAAGACCUCGGCCACCUCCUACAUCCAGCGAGGCACAAGCUCACAGCCUCAACCGUAUUUCACGCUCGGCACCGUUGCCCCAGUAUGUAUUUUCCCUGGAUGCGGGUAUUGACGCGCUGGCGGAACAACUGGUGCACGACCUUGUGACCUCGAUGUUCCGGAAACUUCAUCCCGAAAAGGCUGGUUGGAACAUCCGUCUCUUGAACGUCGCCGUGACCAACAUGGUGGAUGCAGCUGGGGAGCGUAAGCAGAGUAGUGGACGAGACAUCGAGAAGAUGUUCCAGAAGCAGGACAGGGGACGCAGGCCAGACUUCUCCGUUCCGGUGACGGAGCAGCCAUCACCGGAAACUGGUACGCAAUACGCUAGGGAUCCCAGCCUGCCAUCUAACGAGAUCUUCAGUAGUUCUCAAACAGUCGUGGGCUUCGACAGACAUGCGUAUAAAACCGGAGGUGAUGCCUGGGAGGAAAGUGAUGAGGACGAGGACAUGUCGUGUGUAGCCUGUCCCCGUUGUGGAGCGUUGAUUCCACACUUUGCACUUGUUGCGCAUGAAGUGUAUCAUUCCACCGCAGACUAA